UAUGGAUCAAAACCAUUGGAUAUAAAAGUCUUCUGUUUAAGAAUUCGGAAUUGACAAGAGUGUUUAGUAGCAACAAUAAUAAGGAUAACCACCAGCUUCUUUGAUUCGAAGAGUGUCUAAACGUAAUGUUGCAAUUAGGCCCACUCAGGAGAGCGGAAUGGCUCAAAUAUAUGAAACAUUUCACCCAGAACAGAAAGCAUAGACUCUUGAAGAUAUUAAAUUCAUCAUAAAAUGCUUUUAAAGUCAUUUUGUAUUUAGCUCAAUGACUGAAACAUAAUUGUAAUACAUUAUGUUAUCUUUAGAACAUAAUUAGCACAUAGUAUGUUCUAUUGCAGAUUACAAGCAGGAGAAGCAAUUAUCAAAUAAGGUGAUGGAGCUAGCUCUUUCUUCAUAAUUUAGAAGGGAAAAAUUAAUGUCUUGGUGGAUAAUGUACCACGUAAAGAAUUGACAUCAGGAUUUGGGUUUGGUGAAUUAGCAUUAUUAUAUAAUGCUCCUAGAUCUGCCACAUGUAUGGCAGUGGAAGAAUGUUUUCUAUGGGGAAUUGACAGACAUACAUUUAGAAAGAGUAUAGAAACCAUUAUGAGAAGUGAAUAAGAGAAAAAUAGAAAAUAUUUAGAGAGUGUUAAAUUUUUUAGUAAUAUUAUAAUGUGAAAUAUUUAAAUAGAUUAAUUAACAAGAGAAUAGAAGGAUGCUGUAGCUGGUGUGCUCAUAUCUUAAAAAUUUAAUUAAGGGGAGAUCAUAGUAAAUGAAGGAGAUUAGGCCAGUUCAUUUUAUAUUAUAGUAGAGGGUUAAUGUGGAGUUUUUAAUAAAGAUGGUUAAUAAAUAGCAGUUUUGAAUCCUAGUGAUUCUUUUGGUGAAUCAGCACUCAAACAUGAGAAUUAAGUUAGAAUGAUGACCAUUAAGGCAAUAUAAAAGGAUACAAAGGUUUUGGCUUUAGGAAAAGAUAUGAUUUAAUAAAUUUUAGGUGAUUAAGUACAAUCUAUUAUUUACAAAAAUAUAUGUAAAUGGGCUUUGAAUUCAUCUAAAUUAUUUAGCAAGACAUAAUCUACUUAUUAAGAUAAAUUACUUGAGGGAGUACAAAUUAAGAAAUUAGUUGCAAAUUCUAAAGUAAUUACAAAGGGAGAUAAAGUUGGAUAAUUAGUUAUCCUUCUUGAUGUUGAUGCUGUUGAUGAGAACAAUGCAAAAGUUGUUAAGGGAUCAAUUUUAGUAGAAGAUACAUUAUAGGAUAAAUUAUAAGGAUCUUCUCAUGUGAAAACAUAUACAAUUGAAGUGGAUGGACAUGUUGCUAUUAUAGAUUAUGAAUCAUUUAGAAAGGCAUAAGGAAGUGUUGAAAAAAUUUAAUAAGGAAAGGCUUAGUAAUCAGAAAAAGUAAAUGCAUAUGAGGAAUAAAUCAAAAGUCAACCAUUUAAAAAUUUAAUAUAUUUAAAUAAAUUAGGAUCUGGUUAAUUUGGUUCUGUUUAUUUAUGUAAAUUUAAGGAAUUGGAGACUUUGUUUGCUUUGAAGUAUGUUACUAGAGCACAUGUUUAAUAAUUUGGAAUCCAAAAACACAUUUAAUAAGAAAAGGCUGUACUAGAAUUAAUGGAUCAUCCAUUUAUUCUUAAAUUUUACAGAUCCUAUAAAGACAAUGAAAAUAUUUAUUUUUUGACAGAAUACAUUCCAGGAAUGGAAUUAUUUGAUGCCAUUAGAGUUAUUGGUAAUAUUAUUAAAUUGAUUAUAGGAUUAUUGAGUAAAUAUGAUGCAUAAUUUUAUGCUUCUUAAAUGUUAUUGUAAAUGGAAUAUUUACAUACAUAACAUAGUAUUGUUUACAGAGAUAUUAAACCAGAAAAUAUUAUGGUUGAUGAUAAGGGAUUCUUGAAGUUAAUUGAUAUGGGUACAGCUAAAUCAUUUAAGAAUCAAUGUAAAAAUAAUAAUUAUUAUUAUUAUAGAAUCUUCAAAGACAUUUACAAUUAUAGGAACACCUCAUUAUAUGGCACCAGAAGUAAUAUCUGGAAAAGGAUAUGGUUACUUUGCAGAUUUAUGGAGUGUUGGAGUUUGUCUUUAUGAAUUUAUAUGUGGUGGUUUACCUUUUGGUGAAGAAGCAGAAGAUCCUUUUGAAAUUUAUAAGGAAAUCAUUAAGAAACCUAUCAGCUAUCCACAUUUUAUGUCUGAUAAAUCAGCUAAAACUUUUAUUGAAUAAUUGAUGAAUAAGAUCCCAGAAGUUAGAUUAGGAGGUUCAUAUACAACUUUGAAAUCUCAUGCUUGGUUCAAAGAUUUUGAUUGGGUAAAAAAUGUUAAUAUUAUUUAUAGGAAAAAUUAAUGAGUAAAUCAUUAAAGGCUCCAUUAUUGCCUGGAAAGGAUAAAAUUAUGACUCCAGCAUAGAUUUAGGCUGGUUAAUAGCGUGGAGUUUUGGUUCAUGAUUAAAUUUAAAAGGAUACUUAAGGAUAGAAGAAAGUAUUGGCUAGUGCAAAGGAUGCAGAAUGGGAUAGUGCUUUUUGAUU